UUCAGUUUGAGCUUUUAUGUUUGGAAAUGAAGGAUCUUAACUUGUGGUUGAUAUGUUGUUAUUUUGGGUGAUCAUCAAUGUAAAAUAUAAGGGUCCACGUCUCACCCAUCUUAAUUUAAUUCGAAAGGGAUACUGGUUGGUCAGAUUUGAAUGAAAAAAAUAAUAAAGGCUUCUUAGUUUAGUUAAGGUUGUAUUGAUGCUGAUGUGGGUAGGGUUGUGGUGUGUUUAUUGAUUUGGUUUCUCGGGGACUGUUUUUGUGAGCUUUUAUAUAUUUACAUCCAAUCUUCAUCCCUUGGCGAUCUAAGAAAGAAAUCUGAACAGAAAGGAGAGACAGCUACAAUGCAAGGAGGAUUAAGAACAUUUUUGUCCAACGGGAAUGUCAUUAAAAAUGCUGUUCUGCAACGGGUUCGCAUGGUGAAUCCCCUGUUGCAACCAAUCGCCUCCUCACGGUUUGAAUCUGUUACACCUGCUCGCAUUGAGGAACAUGGUUUUGAGAGCACAACAAUUGCGGACAUCAUGAAAGACAAAGGCAAGGGUGCAGAUGGAUCCUGGCUCUGGUGCACCACAGAUGAUACUGUUUAUGAUGCUGUUAAAUCGAUGACCCAAAACAAUGUUGGGGCUCUGGUUGUUGUGAAACCUGAUGCGAAUAAGGCAAUUGCAGGGAUUAUUACCGAAAGAGAUUACCUGAGAAAGAUCAUCGUGCAGGGAAGAUCUUCCAAGUCUACCAAGGUUGGAGAUAUUAUGACUGAGGAGAACAAACUUAUCACAGUCACUCCCAAUACCAGAGUUCUACAGGCUAUGCAACUGAUGACUGAUAACAGAAUCAGGCACAUUCCUGUGAUUGAUGAGAAGGGGAUGAUUGGAAUGGUGUCUAUUGGAGAUGUGGUUCGUGCUGUGGUGCGUGAGCAUCGUCAAGAGGUUGAGCGUUUGAAUGCUUUCAUACAAGGGGGUUAUUAGAUGAUGGUGAUGAUGAUGAUGAUGAAAAUCCCUGAAGAGCAUUCAAGCUAAUUUGGAUUAAGUAAUAAGCCUGAGUGCUUGUAAAUAUGUUUGUGAUUUCAGUUCUAUGAACAUUAACCCCAAUGGUGUAGCAGCUUGUUAAUAAUAACAACUGGAUGCAGUUUGAAUCUGUUUUCAACUUUCGAAAACAUGUUUCGCUGAUGAUUGAGUGCAAUUUCAAAUCUGCACUCUGCAGAUGGUAACUUUUCUUUUUGCCUUA